UUGUACAGAGGCUGCGGAGGGAUACUGGUGUUGGUCUCUCACUCUCUCGCAUCCAGACACCAAGUCGGAGUCUCUAGCUGGGCGCAUUGAUCAGGUCUGCUUGCUGGGGGUGUGCUGAGGCUCAGACUGUCACUCAUUCUCUGAUCAGUGCCUGCACACAGUGUAGAGAGCAGCUUACAAUCCACUAAAAAAAAUAAUUCCUUGCAAAAUACUCACAAUUCUGCAAAACAGACUCAGGACAAUAGCUACACCCUUGCACCAAAAGCAAGAUUUGCAACAAGGGGGAUCUUUAAAAAAUUAUAUAUAUAUACAAUAUAUAUCUCAAGAUCAUCUUUGGACCCAUUUUAACAAAUAGGAUCAGCAAGAGGAAUUCUCCCAUCUGCAGUCUCACAAUGCUGCAAACUAAGGGUCUCAUCUGGACUUUAUGUUUCCUGGGAGCUGCAGCUGCUCUGCAAGUUACCAUUGUCCCCGAUCAGGGGGAAAUAAGCCUUGGGGAAUCCAAAUUCUUCUUAUGCGAAGUAAUUGGUGAAGCCAGUGAAAUAUCUUGGUACUCUCCAACCGGUGAGAAGCUGGUCAGCACACAGCAGAUAUCAGUGCUGAAAAAUGAUGACUAUUCCUCUACACUUACCAUAUACAAUGUUAGCACCCAAGAUGCUGGGAUCUACAAAUGUGUUGCUUCCAGUGACAAAGAGGGAGAGUCGGAAGGCACCGUUAACCUCAAGAUAUAUCAAAAGCUGACCUUUAAGAAUGCCCCCACCCCACAGGAGUUCAGGGAAGGAGAAGAUGCUGUUAUUGUUUGUGAUGUUUCGAGUUCAAUGCCGUCUAUAAUCACCUGGAAGCACAAAGGCAAAGAUGUGGUUUUCAAGAAAGACGUACGAUUUGUUGUCCUGACCAACAAUUAUCUCCAGAUUCGAGGAAUAAAGAAAACCGACGAGGGGACUUACCGAUGUGAAGGACGUAUUUUGGCACGAGGAGAAAUUAACUACAAGGAUAUUCAAGUUGUUGUAAAUGUGCCUCCAUCAGUCCGUGCCAGACAAUUGGAAAUUAAUGCAACAGCAAAUAUGGGAGAAUCAGUAACCCUGGGUUGUGAUGCUGAUGGCUUCCCUGAGCCUGAAAUCAUCUGGACAAAGAAAGGGGAGCAGAUCGAGGACGAGGGUGAUAAAUAUAGUUUUAAUGAAGACAGCUCUGAGAUGACCAUUUAUCGGAUAGACAAGGAUGACGAAGCUGAAUAUGGCUGUAUUGCCGAGAACAAGGCUGGCGAGGACGAUGCCACCAUUGCUCUGAAAGUUUUUGCAAAACCUAAAAUCACCUACGUGGAAAACAAAACUGCAGUUGAAUUGGACAAUGAAAUCACUCUAACUUGCGAGGCAUCUGGAGAUCCCAUCCCCAGCAUCAGCUGGAGAACUGCAACGCGUAACAUUAGCAAUGAUGACAAGGCUUCGUGGACUCGGCCACAGAAACAAGAGACACUAGAUGGCCGUAUUGUGGUCAAGGGCCACAUCCGGAUGUCUUCUCUUACCUUGAAGGACAUCCAAUACACGGACGCUGGGGAGUAUUUUUGCAUUGCAAGCAACACCAUUGGCCAAGACACACAAGCCAUGUAUUUUGAAGUGCAAUAUGUGCCUAAGAUCCGUGGCUCAGUGGUGGUUUAUACUUGGGAAGGCAAUGCUGUAAAUAUGACAUGUGAGGUGUCUGCCUAUCCCAGUGCUAAGGUGUCUUGGCUCAGAGACGGACAGCUUCUGCCAAGCUCAAAUUUCAGCAACAUCAAGAUCUACAACACUCCAUAUGCCAGCAACCUUGAGAUAAACCCCGACUCAGAGAAUGAUUUUGGAAACUACAAUUGCACUGCUGUAAACAGUAUUGGACAGGAAUCUGCUGAGUUCAUCCUAGUACAAGCAGAUACACCUUCAUAUCCAAAUAUUAUCCGAGUAGAAUCCUACUCAAGCACAGCAAUGGUUGAAUUUGAAGAGCCAGAUGCAUCUGGUGGAGUCCCCAUCCUCCGAUACAAAGCAGAAUGGAAAACCACAGGAGAGGACAAGUGGCACAGUAAGCUGUAUGAUGCCAAAGAAGCUAAUGCAGAGGGCAUCAUCACCCUGACCAGCCUGAGACCGCAAACUCAAUACGUAUUAAAGCUGUCGGCUAUCAAUGGGAAAGGGCUGGGAGAAUCUACUCCACAAUACGAGUUUGUCACUCAGAAAGUCCAUUUUUCACAGCCACGUGAACCAAGUGCUCCUAAACUAUUAGGGGUCAUGGGAGAAGAUGGAAACUCUAUCAAAGUGACUCUAAUCAAACAAGAUGAUGGAGGCUCUCCCAUCCGACACUACCUGGUCCAGUACAAGCCUAAAAAUGCAGUGGAAUGGAAGCCAGAAAUGAAAUUAUCAUCUCACAGUGACCACAUCAUGCUCAAGUCAUUGGACUGGAAUGCAGAGUAUGAGGUAUCAGUUGUGGCCGAAAAUCAACAGGGAAGAUCCAAAGCAGCAAACUACAUUUUCCGCACCACAUCCAAGCCUACUGUCAUUCCAGCCACCAGUAGCACCAGUUCUGGUUUGGGGACAGGAGCUAUCGUUGGCAUUCUCAUUGUCAUCUUCGUUCUCCUGUUGGUGGCCGUGGAUGUGACCUGCUACUUCAUGAACAAAUGUGGCAUUUUCAUGUGCAUCGCUGUCAACUUCUGUGGAAAGGCCGGACCUGGUGCUAAAGGAAAGGACAUUGAGGAAGGAAAGGCAGCAUUUUCGAAAGAUGAAUCUAAGGAGCCCAUUGUGGAGGUUCGAACAGAAGAGGAAGGAACACCCAACCAUGAUGGAAGCAACCAAACAGAACCCAACGAGACCACUCCUCUAACAGAACCAGAGCAUCCAGCUGACACCACAGCUACUGUUGAGGACAUGCUGCCUUCUGUAACCACCGUCACCACUAAUUCUGAUACAAUAACUGAAACUUUUGCUACUGCUCAAAAUAGCCCAACGAGUGAGACCACUACUCUAACAUCCAGCACUGCCCCACCACCUUCUAAUGUUCCUGACUCAAAUUCAGUGCCAUCUGCCCAGGCAACUCCUUCAAAAGCAGAGGCACCUUCUGCCUCAUCGCCCCCUCCAGCCUCAUCUCCAAAGGUUGCCCCUCUGGUAGAUCUCAGUGAUACCCCAUCUACUAAUAAUCCAUCUAAUACUUUAGCUACCCAAGGGGUAGUCCUGAACCCCAGUACUACAACCAGUGUAGCUGAGGCUCCAAAAGCAGUCACUAAACCACCUGCAAAUACCACUAGUCCACCAGCUACUCCUGAACCAAAACAGGGGAAGCAAGAAGCAUCAGCUACCAAAAGCCCAGAAAAGGAAGCAGCACAACCGAGUAUAGUGAAGAGUCCAGUGGAGGCCACCAAGGUUGAUACUCCUUCCCUCACCAACACAAAACCUUCCCAGAAUGAGGACUUUCAAAUUGAUGGGGGGACCUUCAAGACUCCAGAAAUUGACCUUGCAAAGGAUGUUUUUGCAGCUCUUGGAACUUCUACUCCUGCCGCUGUGGGUAGUGGGAAAGCUCCUGAGCUGGUUUCUUCCACUGCAGCCACCUCUGUACCGCCUGCUUCAUCAAAGACCGAGAAGGCCCCUGUAGAAGAGAACUCAAAGCCAGAGGAAACAGAAAGCAAGAGCACUCCAGCAGAAGUGACCACAGUUCCCAAUGAAGCCACUCAAACAAACGUGAAUGAGAGUAAAGCAUGAUUCCGCCUUGGGGGUGGGGGGUGUGUUAAAGGGGAAGGGGAAAGUGAAUAUUAAAAAUAAUGUCUGGAGAGCCUCAUGCUAGCCAUUUACAGAGUGAGGUACACAAACACACACUUCAUCAUUCCUCUCAAAUAUUGGCCUUUGUUGUUUUUCUUUUUUUAAGGAAAACCUGUUUGUUUUGUGUGAGAUUGUAGAAAGAAUUCAUCUCUUGUGCACAUGCUUUUUAUGAAUAAAAUCAAGGGAGAAAUAUCGGUAAGAGAAGUAUCAUUCAGUAUCCUUGAUACUGCCGAGAGCAUCCUAGCUGUUCUUAACCUAUAUUUAUCAGAACGAGGGUAGAGAGCCAAGAGCAUUGCAUUUAAAUGUGUCCAUGCAUUUCCUAUAUUCUUCUCUAAAAGGGGUUGUUUGAAAAAAUUUACCACUCUAGAUAAAUAAAAAUGAAAGAACACGUUAUUUGUACAUGUCCUAAGGGUCUUUUAUAAUCGUACAAUUUGAUUGAUUCAUAGUAUAAAGAGUUUACCAUCCCGAGCCAUGCUUAUUCCCCUUCUUUCUUAUUUUUUUAAUUUUUUUUUAAUGAAUUGUUUACAUAAGUGUUCCAUUUUUAUCUCAUCCCACACAGGACUUAGUCUUCUAGAAAUAGCACUAAUUGCUUAAAGUCAAUGAUGGAACUUUGAUAAAGGAAAUAACUGUAUGAUAAAGUAACAGGAGAUUGUCAUCAGGACAUUAGUUGACAGAUUCUUCACUCAUUAAUUGUAUGUCAGUAUAGACCACUAACCCCUUCAGGAUUAGUUGGUUAGGCAAACCUGAUGAUUUAAUGAUAGUCUUUGCUUGUCAUAUGUUAUGAAGAGUUUACGAUGAGGUUAGAGAAAAACUAUCCAGAACAGAACAACAUGACCAUGCAUAUGAGGGCAUGCCUACCUCUCUUAAAAGUAAGAGAGGCCAAUGAUCUGUACCCCGUCAUAGCAUGAAAGGUAUAUUUUCUGUACCUUCCUUUCAAUACACAUUAACUUAAAACAUUGUCGUUGUUUACAUGUCACUGCCUAAUUCUAAGAAUUGUGUAGUAUAUAUUUCAUGUGCUUUUGACAUCUCUUUUUGCUACUCUGGGAAGGAAUAUUGCAACAUUUGUAAAGUUUGCAUUGAAAUUUAAACUUGCACUAUGGGUACAUCUCAGUACUCGUAUUUGCCAUCUGCGAGGCAUUGACUCCACAACAUGUGCGUUCUAGCACCUUGCUCUUUGUCAUGUGAUUGCUUCAAAAGCUGGUUUUUACAUGGAAAAAAAAUACAUUCAGACUUGUUGAAACGUGGCAAUAUGGUUUCUAGUGGAGCGUUAGGGGAUUCUUACUGGGAUCGACGGUCCAGAUUCUCUCAUGGGCCAGACAUUACAGCGAUUAUAAGGAGGUGUCUCAGUUAAAUGCACCACUUUCUUGAGUAGUAGAGUUUGGUCUCUAGCAUAAAACUCCCUUAAUAACUUAUGUUUUUAAUAGUGCAACAUUUUAGCCUCUACUCUUAAUGAAAGAUCUAAUCAAUUUAGCCAAUAAGAAUGAAAAGCAUUUUGCUGCCUUACCUUUGAUAUACAAAAGACUCCUAAAUAGACUAAUCAAGAUGGAAAUCAAUAAAACAUAGAUAAGACCUGAUACCCAUCAGAACCCUUUUAAGUUUUUAUCACAGGCCACCAAAAUAUGUUGUAACUGACUAGCUGUUAAGACAAUAUAUUUCAUCCCUGUCUUGUAUUCCAAUAUUAGAGUUACCUUUCUAAUGAUAGACAUACAUACGGUACUUCUAAAUAUAUAGAAAAGAGGUAAAGAUAGAAAAUUGUUCUGUACUUCUCUUGCCUCGGCUAAACAUCAAAUCAUCCAGUAACCUAGCCCUAAUCAAACCAAUUUCAUGUUCCACCCCAUUCCAGCUCUGCAGAAAACAAACUUCUCUGAAUCUGUACAUUUUAAGCUUUCUUUUGUAGGAUGCCAAAUGUAUAUUUCAAUUAUUUUUUUUGUUAUAUUUCAUUUUAGCAGUAUUGACAUAUGUGCAUUUUGUUAACCUUGUGGAAUAUGUGAAACCACACACAAAGGUUUUUUGGUUUUUUUUUUUUUCUAAUUAUUAUAUUCUGUGUUUACAGAUUAUCGUUUUUCCAUCUUAUGUUUUUUUUUUUGUGUUUGAGCAUUUGUGUGACGGCUUUUUUUUUAAUA